ACAUUCCUACUGUAUUUAAUAUAAAUAUUAUAGGUGCUUACCCUACUGUCCAAAACAACCAAAAAUAAAUUUAUAUUUAUAUAUGAUAGACCUUGAAGUGUUUUAAUGUAGUUCCGUCAGGUAAAUAGGGCGUUUUUUAAAUUUUUUAUUUCAUUAAAUAGUAUAUUAUUAAUGCUCUAAAAUUAGAGAUUAUUAUAAUUAUAUCAGCCUUUAACUUUACUCAGUUUUUAGCCCUAGUGGGCCCCUAGCCUUUACUUUAGUAGUCUUUAGCCUUGGCCUUGGCAGACUAAUAAAAUUAAUAGAUCAUAUUAAUUAAUUAUUUCAUAAUCUUGACUAAACAUUUCAUAAUUUAGCAGACAUGGGCAUAUAAAUAUCCCAAAUCAACAAGGUGAAUCCCUGGCCCUGAUUGAUACCUCUUAACUUAAGAUUAUUUAUAAUUAUAAAUAAAUUUUAAAAAGGAAGCGUUAUUUGCAGAUAUCUGCGAAAAAUGUUGAGUGUUAUUCGCAGAUAUCUGUGAAUAAUGUUGAACAUUAUUCGCAGAUAUCUGCGAAUAAUGUUGAGCGUUAUCGACAGACCGAAAUCUUCGUGAAUAAUGCAGAGCGUUAUUUGCAGAAAGAAAUUUUCCCAUUAUUACGCAAAUCUCUAGAAAUACUUAGGAUCACACUCCUUACGGGGGGGGGGGGGGGGGGGGGUUAAGUAGUGUAGGAUAUAUGGAUCUUUGAGUAUGAGUAAAAUUUAAUAGGCCUAACUAUAGCCUAUAUAUUGGAUAUAGGACAAUUAAUUGUGCCUACAUCUGCUCUGCUAGGGGUCAACAUAGGGUCUAUUCGACCUAUAGAGUGUUACUAAUAUAUCCAGUCAAACCUCCUACUCCUAGACUAGACAUAACUAAUUUUCUGGUAUUUCAUAUUAAAAGUUAUACCAGUAGUAAAAAUGGUGCCGGUAUUCUUCAUGUAGACUCACUUUCACCCACUUUAGAGAGGUCUUAAAAUGAUGUCAAAGCUUGAUAGCUUAUCAUUUAGUUUCUUAAAGCACUAUGAUAUAUCACCUAGUCCAGAAAUGUUCUGUCAGAAAUAGUUGACAUGCCGUGCAACAGUGUUAUGAUGAAGAGAGGUGGCUGCCUCAGGCGGCCAUGUGAGAGACGGGGAGGAGCAUAUAGACCCUACAUCGAUAAUAACAGAAUCUAAUCUUGUUUAAGUUUAAGGCUAGUAUUUUUUCCUCAUCCUUGAGGUUGUCCCUAAGUCUACCCAGCUCUGGCCUUAGCUGGGAAUAGUAAAGGUGGCUGGUUAUUGCGCUGGCCGUGCACUCAAACUUGUAAACGCUGCUUCAAUUGCCCCAAGGGAACUUUACUUCCCCAAGACUCGAAAUGCAUCCAGCAGGGUUCCAAUUAAUUUUCUUAUGCUUUUUUUUAUAUUUAGACCCAUAGUUACAACAGUGGCAGUAUGGCUUUUUGUUUCAAUUAUCAACAUUUUUUUUAAAAGAGCUAAAAUUGUUGAUAUGUUUUAAGUACAGUACCGGUAUGUUCAUUUCAUUUUCAUCACUAAGGGUUAUUUCAACUAUUUCUGGAGCCGCAUAUUGUGUCCAUACUUAUUAUGAUACUCAUUAGAAACUAAAAUUAAACAAAUAAAACGUGACAUAUUUUUUUAUCUAAACAUUAAUACACAACUCUGAGGUAUAAAAUAUUUGAAUAAGUAAGUUAUUAAUAUUUAUUUGUUUGUUAGAGAUGGAUGUUAAAGUCUAUGAAUGGAAUUAUACAAAGAAAAUUUAAACAGUCAAAGGAGCUUAAAGUAUAUCACAAUGUAUAGAGUUACCCGGCUUAAACAUGGUUUUCGGCUCAUCUGCAUGUACAUGUUGUUUACAGUUUUUUGACGAAACUUGAAUCAUGAAUGAACAUUCUAACAAAAUAGAUUGAAACUAGAAUUUUGAAUACCUACGUUGUUGGACAGAAUGAAAAGUAUAAUAAAAUUGUAUAAAUAAAAAUUAUAAUAAAACUAUAUGAAAAUAAUGAUAAUAAUAGUAAAACUAUGUGAACAGAAUAAUAAAGCUAUAUGAAGAGUAUAAUUAUAAUAUAACAAUACGAAAUAACCUUUAAAUAUUUUUUUAAAAAAUAUUUAUUUGUAAAAAGUAGCAUCCCACGGGGAAUCGAACCCAGUUCUUCUGGGUGACAGCCGGAGAUACUUACCACUAUAGUACCCAGGAGAUGCCUGCAAGCGAACUUUGUAUUUUAUAUUCAUAGUUUAAUUUAUCACAUUCUGCGAAUAAUGCCGAGCGUUAUCGGCAGACAGAAAUCUGCGAAUAACGGCCAGCAUUAUCUGCACAGCUCUGUGAAUAAUCACUUCGAUUUUAAAAUCAUAUGCGGCGGCCUACACAACACAAAAAUAUUUGUAUGGAUAUUUUAAUAUAAUAAAAAUGUGCCAUAGUACCAAUAAUAAAUUUAUAAGAUGGCUUUUUUUUACCACAUUGUCUUCACUGCCCACACUGCACAGAAGGUGGAUGCAGCAGCUUGUAGCUAUCCCACUCCUUCAAGCCUCAAGCAGUUGAAAGUGAGACCAUCAGUGUGAGGAAAGCAAAUGUCGGAGGGAAAGAAUCAAAGUCCCCUCUAAACAUUAUUAUUAAAUAUUGAGGAUUUUAACCUUACAGAAAGUGGUUGAAAACUUAACAUACCUUGGACUUGCAUCUAAUAUCUCUAGCUCACCAUUCAUUAGGUGAACAUCAUCAGGAUUGCAAAACCAGCAGCAGCUAUGGCCAAAUUAAACAAGAAAAUGAGCGUAACAAAUUGUGGGAAUACCAGGGAAAUAAAAAAAAAGGAUGCAACAAAUCAAUGAAGGUGUCGGCAAGAAGCCUUUUUCAGCAAACAAACAACAAUAAAAACAAUAAUAUAAUUAAAAUAAACAACUGCAAUGUAGUAUUUGAGAGGAUGGCAAGAGGAAUGCAGUCUCUCUUCUUAUUACCAAAUGAAACAAGGGAUGUGGAACAACAUGGAAAGGACAAAAUUGAGCAUCUACUGGGCAUAUAUGCUAUGCUAAGAGGUCUUACUUAAGAUGUAUGUGACAGUCAAUGACAAAACAAAAUGCCUAAACAAUGCAGAGGUUCAGGAAUGUGCAAAAUGUGCAGCAUGCUCUCUACAUUAAAUAAGAAGAACCUUUGCUGGUUUUGCAUUGUAACAAUAAUUGAGGCAGAUCGUAAUCCAAAGAACCUGCUAAAUGGAGAAGAGGCAAACGUAUUGAAGGGCUGUUAAUAUCAAAAUUAACCAAUGGGAAAGUAUUGCUGAUGACUUUGGACAUCUGACAGGCAGGGAAUGUGCAAAAUAAUGUUCUUGUAGCAAAAAAGAGCAAUACAGAAGACAAAAGUAAAAUUUGCAUUCAAGAUUCUCUUGCAAGGAGUACAACCAAAACUGACACUCUAGGAUUGGCUUCAUAAGCUACCUCAGUAUGUGCAAAUAAGACAGAAACAACACAGUAUCAAAAAGUCAAAAGGAAGCAAAGAAUAUCACUAUAAAUGAUAGUUCAUCAGUCAAAAGUUGACCAUGACCAUUCAACUGUCCUGUUGCUGAAUCUGUCUGUGGGUGCAGAGAUGGCUGAUUGGGCCAUUUCUGGCACAAAAAGUUGUAAUGCAGAAGGUGCAAGGGAAGGAUGGGGCAAAUCCAGGUGCAGAGUUAACUCUGGCUUUUCUGGCUUGUUUUGUGUUCUGUCAGCCUCUUGUUGCAUUGAACCCUUGUGGAUUGAAGUGUGCCAAGAGUCUUGAUUCUUUUAUGUUGUAUGUAUAGAACUAAUCCUAGCAAGUUAGUGACUUAAGAAGUUGUCAUAGGCUUCUGAGGAGCUGUAAUCCAAGUUGUGGAAAGACCAGGAUAAAAAUAUUAUAUUUUUUUAUACUGGAUUUACAAUUUAACAAUCAUUAAUUUAUUUCUUAUUAAAUUAUAUUUUCUUAUUCUGGUGUAACAUAAUCAUUUUUUUUAUGCUUCACAGCUAAAUCAAAAUGCUGUAAUAAAUUAUACUGAUAGAUACACUUUUGACUUUUAAAAUUCAACUAUGGGAAAAACAAACAAGAUUCUCUUAUGUGGAUGCUCAGGAGUAGGUAAAACUGCCAUUCUUGAGCAACUUCUAUAUGGAAAUCACAUUGUUGAGUCUGUAAGUUGAAUUAAUGAUUGACUUAAACAUGAAAUUGUUGCUGAUAUCUAUCUUGUAGUAUUAUAGUCACAUAUAAAUCAUCACUAUUUCAACUGAGAAUCCUCUGUUAUUCUGUUCAUUUAAUACUGAAAAAUUACUUCAUUUGUAUUUGCAAGUAACUAUGCUAAGUUGCAAGGAUAUAAUUAUAAGCAAAUUAUAUUUCUGGUAAUUGUUCUGAGCAUAAUGCUCAGUCCAUUAAUAAGUUAGUUGCUUAUAUGACCAUCAUAAUUAAAAAAUAAUAUUAAGUUGAAAUGUUGAAUAAGAGUUUUACAUUAGAAAGUUACAAGCAAUGGACUUUAGACCCUAUUUAUUUUCUAGCCAACACAUCAAACUAUGGAAGACAUUUACACCGCUGUUAUAGAAACAGACAGAGGUGUUAAAGAAAAGGUCAGAAUAUUCGAUCUAGGAAUGCCUGUAAGUACUUAGUUUUUGGGUCUUAAUAGAUUCUUUUAUAAAUAAUAAGGUGAAACUUCUCAGAAAAUAUACAUGCUAUCCAAAUCUUUAUUCUGUGCUCUUUGUUCUUAAUGAUAUAAUUUUAUAGGCCUUUAUGAGGCACUAUUUAACAUAAGAGACGUUGUUACUUUGAUAUAUACUUUCAAACUAUAUUUUAUUACCAUUCUUAAAUCUAUCAUUAGGCAAGGUUCAUUCAAAGCUAUUAAAACUUUUAUAUUCUCAGGAUGGUAAUGAUGCAGAGUUGCCAAAACAUUAUCUCAGUUUCCCAGAUGUAAGUAUAAUGUAAGCAUCUAGUUGUGAUGUUAGGCAGUAAGCUUUCAUUCAUUUUAGUAUGUUCGUUAAAUUUUUGCAUUACAAAAAAUUCUGCUACAGUCAUUUCUGAAUAAUAUAUGCUAGCUUGCAUAAUUUUUUUCAGGGUUUUAUUUUGGUUUAUGAUGUGACCAACUUUGAUUCUUUUAAACGCCUUGACAAACUGAAGAAGGAUAUUGAUAAGCACAAGGACAAAAGAGAGGUAACUAUUUUAAUUAUCGCUCUACGGUAAAUUUCAGCCAACUCUUCAGGGUUAGUUAAUGUUUGCCACAUUUUACAUUGGCUGAUACACUGCUGUAUCUCCAUUGAAAUAGUUGUUUGAAAAACAAUGUUUCAGUUUGCUCUCAUUAAAAAAAAGUUCUUGUUGCAUAUCUGGAACCAAUGCUAAGAGAAUAUGCAAUUUGGGCCACCUUUGAAAUUAUUGCCCCUAAUACCCUUCAAGGUUUAGUGCUAUUCAGUUCAAAAUACAAAUAAUAAAGUCAUGAAAAUUAUUCAGGUGGAAAAACUCAAGCGCCACAUUCCAAGGAUCAUCAAAAUAACCUUACAAAACUGAGUAGCAAAGCAAAAACAUGUUGUGCAUUUUUAAUGUAAUAUAUACUUCUUAUCCAAGAUGUCAAUGGUAAAUAGUGACAUGUUUUCUUAGUUAAAAAGCCCACCUCUCUACCAAACAUUAGAUGGUUUUGAAACAGGUCAAUGCAUUACAUUUUUCAACUAUAUAUAUAUAUAUAUAUAUAUAUAUAUAUAUAUAUAUAUAUAUAUAUAUAUAUAUAUAUAUUAUAUAUUUAUUACAAUGAGAUUAGCUAUAAUUUAUUGAUAUAUUAUAUUUUAGCAAAAUAUCUGUUAUAAAAAAAACAUGUUUUUAAUAUAUAUAUAUAUAUUAUAUAUUUAUUACAAUGAGAUUAGCUAUAAUUUAUUGAUAUAUUAUAUUUUAGCAAAAUAUCUGUUAUAAAAAAAACAUGUUUUUCCACUGCUAAAAAAUGUAGUAUUUAUGACAGAAAUCUUACAAAUUUGAAGUCAAUAGCUGUUUCAAGGGAAAUAUUUCAUGUUAAUUUAUUAAAAUGAAUGUUUGUUUUUACUUAUGACUUACUUUUGUUUUGCACUUUUUUCCUUUAUAUCAUGUUUGACAGGUUAUUGCUGUUUCAAAUGUAGAUCAUUAGGAAUUAAAGUUUAACUUAAAUUAUAGCUUUUUUGCAUUCCCGCUGUCCUCCUCCGAUACCACAUAAGGAGAUGCUUCAGUCAUCUCAUGGUACAUAGCCCUAGUUCAAAUUCCCGGAAUUGAAAAAUGAUUAAGAAAUUAGCACAAAUCUUCAAAGAUCAAAGUUCAAAGACAUAGAAGGGAGUUAACAGAAGAAUGGUACUCUGAUGAGAAAAAGUUAACAGAAUGGUACUCUGCUAUUUACUCUCCUCAAACUUAUGUAUGGAUAAAUUUUAAAAACCUAAAAAAUGUUAUGACUCAUGUUAUAACUACGGUAAUGCAGUAACCACAUUAAUAUGACAAAUUUGAAGUCCUUUUUAAAGAAUGUCAAGGCCAUUUGGGAAGCUACCUUAAUAUUUGAAAUUAUUUAAAGUGUUUUAAAUAUUAAUUGAAGUUGAAGGCUGAAAGAUUUGUGUACUCGGCACAAUUAAAUAUUUGACACAUAGCUUGAAGGAAGCUUUAUUCUGUAAUAUAAUUUACCUUUUAAAAACUCUUAAUUUCAGGGUCAUGUGAUUGUGAUUGGUAAUAAAAGUGAACUUAAUGAUAGGAGGCAAGUCCAGUUUGACACAGCCAUGGCCUGGACUGUUAAAGAGAAAAGUAAGUUAAGAACUUAUGGAGCAGCUUAUUUGGCAGCUGGCUAGUUGACAUAGCUAUUCUCAAGUUUUAACUCCCCUUGAGUGUUCCAGAGUUAUAGAAAAAACAGUGUAUAGUUUAACUGUAUUUGAAUAAAGGAAGGAAAGACAAAUAUAGAGCUAAUUUCUCUGAAGGAAUAUUUUGAUAAUAGUGUUUUCCAUAUAUCUGUGGUUCACACCCUUGACCUUGCAUGCAUUUUUAAUGCAAGGGAUUUAUUAUUAACAUGAGGUCUUCAUUAAAAAAAAAAUAGGCACACCAUUGAACACUCAAACUUAACUGAUAUUUUUAAAGACAAAUUUCAUUUAAAUUUUAAAAAAAUCAAAUUUAAAAAUCUUUAGGUCUUGGCCUUUUUAAUUAUUUUAAUAUACAUUAAAAUGUUCUUUAAAUUUCUUUAUUAGACAUUGGAUUUUGUUGCCUACUAAUAAUACUGUUUUUUAAUAAGCUCUAGGCUAAUGAUCCUUCCUUAACAAUGUAGUAUAUAUAUACAUAUAUGACUAUGAAAUAUUCAUAUAUCCUGUAGUGCGUCUCUGGGAGGUUACAGUAAGCAACAGGAAGUCACUAGUUGACCCAUUUGUGUGGCUGACUUCUAAGAUAACACAACCAACAGGUAAAGUAAAUCAUUUUCAUUUUUUGUUAGAAGACUUAAAAUUUAAGAUUUAUGAUGUUAUAUAGAAUACAUGCACAAAGCGUUAUGAUUCAGUAUUUUUUUGUGACAAACAUAAUUGUGUUUCUUUUUUCAGGGAAAAGCAAUUUCUUACCAGGGAGGAAAACAAAAUCUUCCAGCAGCAGCAACUUAGACAAGAACUGAUUCAUGUUAAGAUGACAAUAAAAUUAGAGAAGUCAAAAAAAAAAAUCAAUUUGCUAUAUCACUUAUCAGCUUGAAUUAUUGAAUGCAGGACCCUAAUGUGAAGCAAUGGACUGUUUCUCUGAUAAUUGGGCUAUAAUAUAAGGAGAUGCAAAAUAACAAAUUUCAACUGGUUUGUCAUGGAAUAAUAGACAGAUUAUGAUAAGUAAAAAAAAAAUGGUUUUCAAAUAAAAUGGAUUCAUAAUAUCACAAUACGACAAUGGACUGUAUGGUGGUCAUGUCUAUUGUCAAAAUGCCAACACUGACCAGCAUGAUGAUUUGAAGCUGUUGCAUUUGUUGAAAGGAUUAUUACAUUACUUUUAUUAAAGCAGCUGGCCUUUUCCUCUUCUUGAAACCAUUAUGCCUAGCUGUUUUUGAAAAUGUUUGCUGAGAUCAGUAGAUUGAUCUAAUGUAAAUCUUGUGCCCAGGAUGAAAAGUUACACUAAAUGUGCUAAAUGUAUGGGCAUUGGAGUUUCAACUCAUUAAAUAGAUUCAUUCAUAUGAGGUAUAUUUGCACUAAAAUAAAGUAUAAAAGAUAGAACUUAUUUUAUCAUUUGGGCACAAAAUGUUCAUUUUUGCAAGUCCCAUAACAUUUGCUUUGUAGUUUAUCAAAGGAGUUAUAACACUUUGAUAACUGCCUUUAACUUUUACUACAAAUUUAUUCAUUUCAAACUUUUAUUUAAAGUUUGAAAUGUUCUUUUAAAUUUGAAUGAAUGCAUAUUGUAUGAGUCUGAUUAAUAAAAUUCAUAGAAUUUGACAUUUUGUAGAAAUCAAAUAUUAAUACACAAUUCACUUUGGCAUGUGCAAUUUCUGUUUGGUCAGUUGUGAAUUAUUGUUAUCAAACUUUGAAACAAAUGUUCAGUUCUAAGGCAUUGUAACUGAUUCCAUUACAACAGACAGAGUCAUAAUUAAGACAACAAGCAGAGCAGGUUUAUGGAUUAAUUGAACUAUUGAUUAAUGUGGUUAGCUUAUGCAUCAUGUAGAGGGGUAGUAUAUUUGGCGGCCCAACAAUUUGGAACGCACUUCCAGUCGCUCUCAGAAACAGCCAGACACUGGAGUCCUUUAAAACCGAUUUAAAAACACAUCCAUUUCGCAAAUACCUUCUGGGGUGAUGCCAUCUACCAUCUUUUUCAGUUAAUGUAUAUUGGCUUGUGUUGCUUAUGGUUGAAACGGGAUGAAAGACUUUGACUGGGUAUGCUCGUAUGUAGCUUUAUAGUGUUGCGUCUGUUUUUAAAUGUGGUAAAUUUUAGAGUGUUUUUAUUUCCCUUUUUAAUAUGGUUGACUUUGUACAGCGCUUCGAGCUUUUGGGGAUGAAGCGUGUUUUUCAAAUAAACUUUAUUAUUAUUAUUAUGUGCAUGGGGAAUCCCAAAUGUGUCAAGUACAUACAGAAUAAUCCAAGUCAUUAAGGGCAAAUAAUUUUUAAAACAUUAUUUCCUUAUGUAAUAAAUUUUUAAAUUCUAUGUAAUGUAAUAAUAUAUUUUCACAUUGCUUGAUUAAUGUAUGCAAGUUUGUCUGGUAAUGAUUGUCUACUGUAAUAUAGAUAAUUAAAUACUAUAUUGCCUGGGAAUAGUAGGUAGCAGGAUGUAAGUUCAGAAAACUUGGCAACAUUUAAGAUUUAUUUUAGAAUGAUUACCUGCAUCUGUUGAAGAUUUGAUUAUUAAACUUAAGCAAUAAUAAUUAUAUUUUUGGCAUAUUAUUAUGCUAAUCAAAUUUAACCAAGGCCAUACAGUCACUUAUAUGACUGAAAAUUGCUUAAAAAAUUAACAAAUAUUGUUUAUAUAAAUUACACAAGAUUUUACUAUUUGAUAUACACUGUUACAAGCCAAAAAUGUUGGCAGUGAAGCAUUGUUGACCUGUCCAGAGAGCAUUUGUAAAAUAUAAAGAAACAAGACCUCUUCUCUGCUUCAAACCAUUUCCAUUACAUAACUUAAGUACUCAUUGCAUACUAAGAUUCCAGUGGCAUAACCAGG